UAUUCGUUUACAUCUUAACAUCCUUGUGUGCAAACAUACUUCCAUUCAACCUCAUCAUCUCAAAUGACCUUCGUUCUUUCCAAAACCUGACCAUGUUAUGGUUUGGAUAUGAUAGUUACAGCUCGUCUACAAAGAAGCAUUUAGUGAAAUCUCGAACACGCCCAAGAAAUGAGACUCGAACUUUUGCCAAGAAUGGAACCAAUAUUAACUGUGAACAAUCACCCUUUCCGGCCCAUGAUCUACAAAAUGAUGAGUUUUUUUUCGUUCCAAGUCCUGACGAGAAUCCUCACUUUGCCUAUGCCUGGUAUAUCUCGGAAGCUCAUUACUUAUGCUCAGCCUUGGUUUCCAUGAAGCGCUUAAAAGCUUUGCGGGCGGAAUCCAAGUUUCCCUAUCCAGUGGAUUUUGUCAUGGUUCAUACGAAAGAGGAUCGAAUAGACAAUACUCCUCACAACUUGGUCAAACAAUGGGAGACCGAGGGCGGGAUUCGGGUCAGUUUUCCGUCACUCCGAGGUUUCAUCACCAAUUCCUAUUACAAGACAAGUCUUCAGAAGUUCCAUAUUUUCCUGCUCAAUUACACACGAGUGAUCUCAAUGGAUGCCGAUGGUGUUGCAUUAAAUAACAUGGAUCAUUUAUUCCUCCUGAAGCUUCCCCAAGGGGUUAGAAUGGCCGCUCCCCAAGGGUAUUGGUUCAAUAAUGAGGGUUUUAUUACGGGCGAUGAUGACACGUGUAAAGGCGUCAAUUUUCCACUUAUAACUUCCAUUCUCUUGCUGAUUGAGCCGAGCAAAGAGUUGUAUUCGCGAGUUGUUCCUUAUUUUGGGAAGACUCGGCCCGUGUCCAAACUGGAAUAUUUUGACAUGGACAUCAUUCAGAGCGAGUUCAAUUGCAAGACCAAUGAUAUCAUGGUUCUGCCAAAGAUGUAUGGUACAUUAGACUCGGAUUUUUACAAGACCUUCAAGAUAUUCCAAAACUAUCGCAAAUGCUUGGACUUUUCUCAAGUUCAAUACCUGCAUUUCAGUCACCAAGGAAAGCCUUGGACUCGAGGUUUGUCUCAAGUUAGGCGGCAAUAUGGCUCAUCUAACCUUCAUAGCAAUGCCUCGUCCAUGUUUGUUCAAUGGUUUCGCGACGCGCACAUGGUUUGUCCAAAUUUAUUGCCGGAACUAUCCGGGUGAUUAAAGUGUGGAAUAAGAUAUAUUAGUAACAGGUGUAUUGUAGUAGCCAAAU